AUGGAGGCUGCGGGGCCGCCUCAAGAUAGGAGGUGCUGCUGGGAGGCCCUGAGGAAAAUCUUCCCUCGCCUCUGCUUCCACUGCUCCCUGGUGACAUACGCGCUGGUGGGUGCCGAGCUCUUCUCAGCCAUUGAGGGCAGCCAGGACCUGGGGGCAGAUGACCCGGAGUUUGAGGAGUUCCUGGAGAACCUCUGUGACAUCUUGAAAUGCAACAGAACAGUUGAGGAAGGUAGGAAGCGGGGUCUCGGGAAGCUGCUGCAGAAGGUGAAGCCCCAGUGGUUUAGCGGGUCUGCAGACCGGUCCUUCCUGAGCUCACUCUUUUUCUGCUGCACAGUGGGCAUGGCCCCAUUCCCCGGGCAAAGGCCCCAGCGAGCCAGGUGUGGGCUGCGUUUCGGCUUCUUCUUCUCUCCCAGUGAGUGCUCUUGUACAAAACACAACCUGCAGGGUACCUGCCUGCCCGGGUUCCUGGACUUGGGGGCAACCAAACGUGGUCAGCGCGAUGCGCUCAGGGGGAGGGGGGAGAGCAGCCGACAAUCCCGGGCUCUGUCCUCCUUUUCAGGUUACGGCAACACCUACCCUGUCACCAGGCUUGGCAAGCACCUGUGCGUGCUCUGUGCUCUCUUUGGCGUCCCCCUGAUGUUCCUGGUCCUCUCAGACACAGGCGACAUCCUGGCAACCAUCUUAUCCAUGUCCUACCACCAAUUCCAAAAACUCCUUUCCUCCCCCCUCCCCUUCCCAAGUGGCGCUCCGGACCCCCCCUGCGAAAGAAGACCUGACAUCAAUCCCGUAGACGAAGCCAUCCCGAGGAUUGCCAUCAACGACCCAGAGCUCCCGGGCCCCAAACCUGCCCCCUCAAUCCCAAGCAGCAACAUGGAGCUGUUCGAGAGACUUCUAGCACGAGAGAAAGGGAACACACUGCAGGUGCCCCCUCAGGCCAUGGAGGGGAGCUCUUCGUGUCCUGAGCUGGUGUUCGGGAGACUCUCGUACUCCAUCAUCAACAACCUGGAUGAGGCGGGGCGGCAGGAGGAGAGGCUGGACAUCCCCCUCCCCAUCAUCGCCCUCGUGGUCGUCGCCUACAUUUCCUAUGCAGCUGCCAUCCCCCCCAUCUGGGAGAAGCAGCUGAACUUCGAAAAUGCCUUCUGUUUCUGCUCUGUCACGCUGACCACCGUUGGGUUUGGGGACAUUGCUUUCGAACAGCCUCGCUUCUUCUUGUUCUUCUCCAUGUAUAUCAUCGUUGGGAUGGAGAUUGUGUGCAUGGCUUUCAAGUUGGUGCAAAACAGGCUGAUUCACAUCUACAGAAAUGUCGUGCUGUUCUUUGCAAAUGGAAAGUGUUACAAUCCUGUUAAAAAGUGA